UCAGUCAUCACAAACAAAACCCUAAAACCGAGUAAGAGCUCUGUUUAAAGAGGCAAGAGGAAGGAAGGUCGUCUUCCAGUGCUGUCGCAGCGCCGAAACCGAAACCCCAGCUUUGUUGAUCUUGGAAGAACCGGAAGACAUGGCGGUACCUCUGUUAUCGAAGAAGAUUGUGAAAAAGCGUGUCAAGAAGUUCAAGAGGCCGCAGAGCGACCGGAAGGUCGCGGUCAAGCCAAACUGGCGUAGGCCCAAGGGUAUUGACUCUCGUGUCAGAAGAAAGUUCAAGGGAUGCACCUUGAUGCCCAAUAUCGGUUAUGGCUCAGACAAGAAGACUCGCCAUUAUCUUCCAAAUGGCUUCAAGAAAUUUGUGGUUCACAAUGUGAAGGAGCUUGAACUUUUGAUGAUGCAUAAUAGGACCUACUGUGCUGAAAUUGCACACAAUGUGUCUACAAAGAAAAGAAAAGAGAUUGUUGAACGAGCUGCUCAGCUUGAUGUUGUUGUCACAAACAGAUUGGCCAGGUUGCGCAGCCAGGAGGAUGAAUGAGCUAGAGUCGUCGAGUAUCCCAAGUUCACCCCUGUAGUACACUAGGUUGAAAGUUUCCAAAGAGAAGGAUUUCCUUUUUUUUUCGGAUUUUUUGUUCAUGUUUUACUUCAAAUUUUGCUUUUUAAUCAUCCUUAAAGCUAUAGCUUCCAUUGCUUGCUGGAGUUUGCUCCUUUCCGAGGUCAAUUUGUUGUUAUUUUCAGUGUUGAUUAAUGGCCUAUUGUCAACUUUUUGAAUCGGUUGAUCAUAAACUUGUAUUUUCAGUACCAGUGGCAAUGCUAUUAAUCAAAAUGACAGAGUACCAAGUA